GCAUAGGAUCCGCCUUCUCCUCCUACCUUCUCGGCCCUCCCGAGGCGCGUCGUGCGUGCGUGCGUCUGGCGUGCGUUCCUCGGAACCGGCUCUGGAGUCUGCGCCUGCGCAUGUCGGUCGGUGUCGCGUUCCCGUGAGGCAUUGCGGGCCGGAGGAACGACAGUUGGAGAGCGCGGGAGCUGUGAGAGGGGAUUGUUUUUUCUCUCUUGAUGAUAUCUACAGUUUGGGAAGGCACAUUCCUGUAGUAUAAAUUAAAAUUUAAGAGUGACAGUUAAAGCUAACAGGACAUGUGAAAAUAUGGAAAAUUAUGAGGGAAAUGUAGGCUUUGACCUCUCUAAGAUGCCACUAUCAAAUAUUGCUCAGAGGAUUAUGGCAGCCAUGCAUUCAUUUGAUUUAGAGGAGAAUAAGAAUUUCAGAGAAAAUGAAAAAAAUGAGAAGAUAGGACAUUAUUCCAGCAUGAAGGAUACACUUCUGGAAAAUAAGAGUCCUCAUUGUAUAACUGUAACAGACCAGCCACCAAAAGCUUCCAGUAUCAUCUCUCUUCAGUCAACGGGUAUUUUACAUUCUAAUCAAAUGUCUAACAUCAAGGACCCUAAUUCAUCAGGAUCAUUGCCCCUUUCCAGUUGUGUAUAUACUCCCUUACAUUUCAAGCCCUCACAUUUACAGAAAAAUGGGAAUAAGAAGGAAUAUUUGCUAAAGGAAAACACCAAUAUUGAAAAGAAGGAAACUAAGAACCUUAAAAGAAAGCAUGCUACAGCCAGUCAUAUGUCAGAGCAAGCAAAGAAUUGUUUUACAAUGGAGGAGUUUGGAAUUGGAAUUGAAACCAAAUAUAAAAAUUCAGGAGAGACAAAGUCUCUUGAAAAUCCAGUCUGUGAUGUUAGACACUUGGGACCUGUAGAAAAAAGACAACUGAUUGAAAUAUUAAAACAAGCGACUACUCUAGUAGUCACAAUGAUCUAUCAGGAUGGGCCAUUCCAGCUAAAACAUGACGAGGAUCUAAAUUCAAUGGUAAAAGGAAUCAUUAUUUUAAUAAAGAGCCCGCUGGACACCAGGAAUCAUCCCUUUUGUGCAUCAACCACAGACCCACCUGUAAUGGAUGAAUUUUCCAUAGAUGAUAGGUACAUAUACAUAAAAGUAGAACAUGAUACUCUUUGGAGACAAGAGCAAGAGAUGAGUAAUCAAUUUGCCAGAACGAUGCUGUUUCAAAUACUAAAAUGUAAACAUACUGUUAUUUGCUUUAAUGCCAAAGAAUUUGUGAAAACAGUACUUCAAGUUUAUGGCAGUUAUUGUCACUGGAAACAUGUUGUUGAUUUUGUGGUAUUAGAUCCCAGAAUUGCAGCAUGGCUUCUUGAUCCUAGUGAUACUAUUUCCUCCUUUGAAGAUUUAGUAAGGAAAUAUUUUGAAGAAUCAGUCACAAUGAAAGUUAACAACACAAAUGGAGGUUCUUCACACAAUAUGAUGAGUCUAUGCUCAGACUUGAGGAUUCUUUACAGAAUUACAGUGGAUCUUUGCUCUAAAUUAAAGGUUUGUGGUCUGUGGCAAUUAUUUUAUACUUUGGAGCUUCCUCUGAUACCAAUUUUGGCAGUGAUGGAGACCCACAAAUUUCAAGUGGAUAAAGAAGAAAUGAAGAGAACAUCAAAACUUCUUGGGUGCCAUCUAAAGGAAUUGGAACAAGAAGCCCAUGUUGCUGCAGGAGAGCAGUUUCUUGUUACUAGUAAUAACCAACUUCGAGAGGUAUUAUUUGACAAGCUAAAGCUACACCUGCUGUGCAAAAGUAAAACUCUCCCCAAAACUGAACUACAGAAACAUCCAUCAACAUCAGAAGCUGUGUUAAAUGCUUUGCAAGAUCUUCAUCCAUUACCCAAGAUCAUUUUAGAAUAUAGGCAGAUUCAUAAGGUCAAAUCAACCUUUGUGGAUGGGCUGCUGUCAUGCAUGAGAAAGGGGUUUAUUGCACCAACAUGGAAUCAAACUGGAACUGUGAGUGGCCGACUUUCAGCCAAGAAACCUAGUAGUCCUACAAUUUGAUGCCUUUGACAGUGGAGGUUGGGACCAGUGAAGAAAGGCCCUGUUAUUAAGGUGGGUUUCAUGGUAUUUUACUAUUAAGAGGUUAACAUUUGGAUCAAUAAGAUGUUAUACCUAUUAUUAUUCCCACAAAAUUUUAUAUGCUCUCCAUUCUAGAAAUUUAUGGUGGUCUUUUUUAACUUAGUUUUUACUCUUUCAAAGUUCUAGUGAUAAUGGAUCAAAGGUGAUCAAGGUUGAGGUGUUUUUUGGAAAAGAGGAACCUAGUGGUUCUGUUAUUAGUUUAGGUCAAGUAUUAUUUUGAUAUUUUUGUUUUUAUGCAUGUAGAUCACAUUGCUGAACAUUAUAUUAUAUUAUAUCAGUGAAGUUUAGAAGAUGGAGCGUUUUGGAGAAAAGGUAAUGAGUUCUGUUUUGAACAUGAGACUGAAGUGCCAAUGGGACAUCUAUUUCAAGAUGUACAAUAGGCAAUUAGAAAGGUAAGCCUAGAGGUCAGGAUAGAGAUUAGAGCUGGAUAAGAUUUAAGAAUCAUCUAUAUAGAGAUGGGAAUUCACUAAAUGAAAUAGUUUAGAGGGAUAAAAGAACCCAUGACAUAGCCCUGGGGAACAUCUAUCAGUGGUGCGAUUGAACUAGAUGAAAUCAAGCAAAGGAGCCUAGGAAGAACUGGUUAAAAAAAAAUAAGAGCCAGGAGAGAGUAGUGAGUGUCACAGAAAUCUGUUGAAAAGAGAUAAUCAAGAAGAGAGUGAUUGACAGUGUAAUCACAUAAGGUUAGACUUAAAUCUCCGUCAGUUCAGAUCACAAUCCCUUCAUACCUUCUCUCCCAUGUGAGCUUCUCUGCCACAUUGUCCUUUAAUUCUUUUUUUUUAACAUUAUUUUAUUUGGUCUUUUCCAAACAUUAUUCAUUGGACACAAAGAUCAUUUUCUUUUCCUUCCCCACCCCCCACCCCAACCUCUCCCAUAGCUGACGCACGAUUCCACUGGGUAUCACAUGUGUUCUUGAUUCAAACCCAUUUCCAUGUUGUUGGUAUUUACACUAGAAUGUUCAUUUAGAGUCUCUCCUCAGUCAUAUCCCCUCAACCCCUGUAGUCAAGCAGUUGCUUUUCAUCGGUGUUUUUACUCCCACAGUUUGUCCUCUGCUUGUGGAUAGUGUUUUUUUAGAUCCCUGAAGAUUGUUCAGGGACAUUGCAUUGACCCUAAUGGAGAAGUCCAUUACCUUCGAUUAUACCACACUGUAUGAGUCUCUGUGUACAAUAUUUUCCUGGUUCUGCUCCUUUCUCUCUGCAUGACUUCCUGGAGGUUGUUCCAGUCUCCAUGGAAUUCCUCCACUUUAUUAUUCCUUUGAGCACAAUAGUAUUCCAUCACCAACAUAUACCACAAUUUGUUCAGCCAUUCCCCAAUUGAAGGACAUCCCCUCAUUUUCCAAUUUUUGGCCACCACAAAGAGUACAGCUAUGAAUAUUCUUGUACAAGUCUUUUUCCUUAUUGUCUCUUUGGGGUACAAACCCAGCAGUGCUAUGGCUGGAUCAAAGGGCAGACAGUCUUUUAUCGCCCUUUGGGCAUAGUUCCAAAUUGCCCUCCAGAAUGGUUGGAUCAAUUCACAACUCCACCAGCAAUGAAUUAGUGUCCCUACUUUGCCACAUCCCCUCCAGCAUUCAUUACGUUCCUUUGCUGUCAUGUUAACCAAUCUGCUAGGUGUGAGGUGAUACCUCAGAGUUGUUUUGAUUUGCAUCUCUCUGAUUAUAAGGGAUUUAGAACACUUUUUCAUGUGCUUAUUAAUAGUUUUGAUUUCUUUGGCUGAGAACUACCUGUUCAUGUCCCUUGCCCAUUUAUCAAUUGGAGAAUGGCUUGAUUUUUCUGAACAAUUGAUUUAGCUCUUUGUAAAUUUGAGUAAUUAAACCUUUGUCAGAGGUUUUUAUGAAGAUUGUUUCCCAAUUUGUUGCUUCCCUUAUGAUUUUAGUUACAUUGGUUUUCUUUGUACAAAAACUUUUUAAUUUGAUGUAUUCCAAAUUAUUUAUUUUGCAUUUUGUGACUUUCUAAGUCUUGCUUGGUUUUAAAAACUUUCCCUUCCCAAAGGUCUGACAUGUAUACUAUUCUGUGUUUGCCUAAUUUACUUAUAGUUUCCUUCUAUAUGUUCAAGUCAUUCACCCAUUUUGAAUUUAUUUUGGUGUAGGGUGUGAGGUGUUGAUCUAAACCUAAUCUUUCCCACACUGUCCUCCAAUUUUUCCAGCAGUUUCUAUCAAAUAGUGGAUUUUUGUCCCAAAAGCUGGGAUCUUUGGGUUUGUCAUAUACUGUCUUGCUGAGGUCACUUACCCCGAGUCUAUUCCACUGAUCCUCCUUUCUCUCUCUUAGCCAGUACCAAAUUGUUUUGAUGACUGCUGCUUUAUAAUAUAGUCUGAGAUCUGGGACUGCAAGGCCCCCUUCCUUUGUGUUUUUUUCCCCAUUAUUUCCCUAGAUAUCCUUGAUCCUUUGUUCUUCCAAAUGAACUUUGUUAUGUUUUUUUCUAAAUCAGUAAAAAAAAAAAUUGGAAGUUCAAUGGGUAUGGCACUAAAUAGCUAAAUGAGUUUGGGUAGGAUGGUCAUUUUUAUUAUAUUUGCUCAUCCUACCCAUGAGCAGUUAAUGUUUUUCCAAUUGCUCAAGUCUAGUUUUAGUUGUGUGGAGAGUGUUUUGUAGUUGUGUUCAUAAAGUUCCUGUGUUUGUCUUGGGAGAUAGAUUCCUAAGUAUUUUAUUUUGUCUAAGGUAAUUUUGAAUGGGAUUUCUCUUUCUAGUUCUUGCUGCUGAGCUGUGUUGGAAAUAUAUAGAAAUGCUGAUGACUUAUGUGGGUUUAUUUUGUAUCCUGAAACUUUGCUAAAGUUGUUGAUUAUUUCGAUUAGCUUUUUGGUUGAAUCUCUAGGAUUCUUUACGUAGACCAUCAUGCCAUCCGCAAAGAGUGAUAGCUUGGUCUCCUCCUUGCCUAUUUUAAUGCCUCCAAUUUCUUUUUCUUCUCUAAUUGCUACUGCUAGUGUUUCUAGUACAAUGCUAAAUAACAGAGGUGAUAAUGGGCAUCCUUGUUUCACAACUGGCCUUAUUGGGAAUGCAUCCAGUUUAUCCCCAUUGCAGAUGAUAAUAGUUAAUGGUUUUAUAUAUAGACUAUUUAUUAUUUUUAGGAACGACCCUUCUAUUCCUAUGCUUUUUAGUGGUUUUAAUAGGAAUGGGUGUUGUAUUUUAUCAAAGGCUUUUUAUGCAUCUAUUGCAAUAAUCAUGUGAUUUUUGUUGGUUUGCUUGUUGAUGUGGUCAAUUAUGUGGAUGGUUUUCCUAAUAUUGAACCAGUCCUGCAUCCCUGGUAUAAAUCCUACUUGAUCAUGGUGAAUGACCCUUGUGAUGACUUGCUGGAGUCUUUUUGCUAGUAUCCUAUUUAAGAUUUUUGCAUCUAUCUUCAUUAGGGAGAUUGGUCUGUAAUUUUCUUUCUCUGUUUUUGGCCUACCUGGCUUUGGCAUCAGUAUCAUGUUUGUGUCAUAAAAGGAAUUUGGUAGAACUCCCUCUUUGCUUAUUAUGUCAAAUAGUUUGUAUAGCAUUGGGAUUAGCUGUUCUUUAAAUGUUUGAUAGAAUUCACUGGUGAAUCCAUCAGGCCCUGGGGAUUUUUUCUUAGGAAGUUCUUUGAUGGCCUAUUGGAUUUCUUUUUCUGAUAUGGGAUUAUUUAAGAAUUCUAUUUCCUCUUCUGUUAGUCUAGGCAGUUUAUAUUAUUGUAUAUUCAUCCAUAUCACCUAGGUUGGUAUAUUUAUUGCCAUAUAGUUGGGCAAAGUAGUUUUUAAUGAUUGCCUUAAUUUCCUCUUCAUUGGAAGUGAGGUCCCCCUUUUCAUCCUUGAUGCUGUUAAUUUGCUUUUCUUCUUUCCUUUUUUUAAUUAGAUUGACAAGUACUUUGUCUAUUUUGUCUGUUUUUUCAAAGUAACAGCUUCUAGUCUUGUUUAUUAGUUCAAUAGUUCUAUCACUUUAGAUUUUAUUGAUUUCUCCCUUAAUUUUUAGGAUCUCUAAUUUGGUUUUCUUCUGGGGGUUUUUAAUUUGUUUGCUCUCAAGUUUUUUGAUUUGCAUUUCCAAUCAUUGAUCUCUGCCCUCCCUAAUUUGUUAAUAUAUGCACUCAAGGAUAUGAAUUUUCCUCUAAGUACUGCUUUGGCUGCAUUCCAUAAGGUUUGAAAGGAUGUCUCACCAUUGUCAUUUUCCUCAUUGAAAUUAUUAAUUGUUUCUAUGAUUUCUUCUCUAACUAACUGAUUUUGGAGUAUCAUAUUAUUUAAUUUCCAAUUAAUUUUUGAUUUGGCUCUCCAUGUACCCUUACUGAUCAAUAUUUUUAUUGCCUUAUGAUCUGAAAAGGUUGCAUUUAUUAUUUCUGCUUUUCUGCAUUUGUAUGCCAUGUUUCUAUGACCUAAUGUAUGGUCAAUCUUUGUAAAUGUGCCAUGUGGUGCUGAGAAGAAAGUGUAUUCCUUUUUGUCCCUAUUUAUUUUUCUCCAUAUGUCUAUUAAGUCUAACUUUUCUAAGAUUUCAGUCACCUCUUUUACCUCUUUCUUAUUUUAUUUUUGGUUUGAUUUAUCUAAAUUUGAUAUUGGUUGGUUCAAGUCUCUCACUAAUAUGGUUUUACUGUCUAUUUCCUCCUUCAAUUCUCCUAGUUUCUCCAUUAGAAAUUUGGAUGCUAUACCAUUUGAUGCAUACAUGUUGAUUAGUGAUAUUUCCUCAUUGUCUAUACUCCCUUUUAACAGAAUAUAUUUACCUUCCCUAUCCCUUUUGAUCAGGUCUAUUUUUGCUUUGGCGUUGUCAGAUAUCAUGAUUGCAACUCCUGCCUUCUUUCUAUCAGUUGAGGCCCAAAAGGUCUUACUCCAUCCUUUAAUUCUAACCUUGUGAGUAUCAACCCGUCUCAUAUGUGUUUCUUGAAGACAACAUAUGGUAGGGUUUUGGGUUCUAAUCCAAUCUGCUAUUUGUCUACGUUUUAUGGGUGAGUUCAUCCCAUUCACGUUCAAAGUUAUAAUUGUCACUUGUGGAUUCCCUGGCAUUUUGAUAUCUUCCCCUAGUUCUGACCUUUCUUCUUUAGCUAUAACCUUUUGAAACAGUGAUUUACUUUAGGUCAGUCCCUCUAGUCCCCUCCCUUGAUAUGCUUCCCUUUAUAGCCCCUCCCUUUUUAUGCUCCCUUCCCCUCCCCCCUCUCCUUCCCUUCCUUUUUAUA